CUUUGACAAGAGGUCUCGACCUUAUUGUCACAUAUUUUGUUGCGGGUUGUUGUUGGUUCAUUCUAUCAGACGAUUAAUACUUAUUUCUAGACUCGGGAGUCGGAAUCCUGGCAUUUCCGUGCUACUAUGGAAACGCAGUUCGGGCGCUCUUGGUUGAAACUGGGUGACGUCAGCUCAGUGACGGAGAAACGGGCAUUGCGUGCUAGGAGUUCGUGCACCAUAUUCCAUCGAGGAGAGAGCUACAGUAGUAGUUCGGUGACUGCAGAAACAGCGAUUUUGGCAACAUGGAUGACGUUGUGGGGAUUAUUAUUACUAACGGAUUUUAAUUGGGAACGACCGGUAAAAUGGCAGAGCGGUUGGAGUGGGUGGAGAUCAUAGAGCCGCGCACGCGGGAACGCAUGUAUGCCAAUCUCCUCACCGGAGAGUGUGUGUGGGACCCCCCUCAAGGGGUACGUAUUAAGAGGACAGGGGACAACCAGUGGUGGGAGCUGUUUGACCCCAACACCUCCCGCUUCUACUACUACAACGCUUCCACGCAACGUACCGUCUGGCACCGCCCUCAGGCCUGUGACAUCAUCCCCCUCGCCAAGCUACAGACGCUGAAGCAGCACACGGAUGUUCCUUGCCCGGGAGGGGGAGGGACAGGGGGGGAAAGAGGGGGGAAGACGUCAGCUGAUAACAGCCCGGGAAGGAGCAGUGCGGUCAGUAGAGAGGGGAGCACCUCAUCUUCACUGGACCAGGAACUGACCGCAUCAGAGAAACAGGGGAACAGAGAGGAGGCAGACAGAACCUCUCCGUUCAGAUGGAACACAGGUACCAAGGAGAGGAUGCUGAUCAAGGUGACAGACAGAGAACCCAGCUUCCUCUCUCACCAGGGGAACGGUUACUCCCCCUGCGACCCCCCUACCCUCACCCCUGCACCUGGCACCGGCACCGCCUCCCGUACCCGCCGUUCAUCUGGAGGCUCCGCCACCCCUGACACCGGCCCCGACGGCUCUCCAAUCCUCUACGUCGACCGCCGCCAGUCGCCCUUCCUGAAACGUGCGGAGCUAGGGGGCGGAGGUACCGGGACACACCGUCGCCCCUCGGCCGACUCACAGCCCUCCUCCCCCCGCUACGCCUACGAACCACCCCUCUACGAGGAGCCCCCCUCGGAGUUCCAGUCCCCGCCCAUCUACGAGGAACCGCCCACAGACGUGAUGCACCACCUGGGCUCUGACUCCUCCUUGCUGUAUGGCACAGGGAAGUCCCCGGCCCGGGGAAAGCCCUCUUCGGCGACGCCCCUCUAUCACUCUCCCAAACAGAGCCACUCCCCCUACGGCCAGCUGGUGCUGACCAGACAGAAGUGUCCAGAGAAGACCCAGAGUCUGGAGUACAGCCCUGCUGGGAAGGAAUAUGUCAAACAGCUGGUCUACGUGGAACAGUCCUCCUCCAGCCCACGUUCUAAGACAGCCGACCGGCUCCUUCACUACGGGACCUCCAUGGCCACCCCAUCCUCCAUGGGAGGGUAUGGGGGCUCCUACGGAGGAUCCUACACCCUCCAACACAGCCAGAGUCUGAUACGGGACCCCCGGCUGCUGCUGGACUACGGGAGCGAGGAGGGGGGCGAGGGUGGAGGCCAGAGAUUGCUCUACGAGGACUCUAUGUCCUGGAGCUCCAGUCAGCACCACUCCCUCUCCCUCUCUGGGUCUACAGGUGGAGGGGGCUUCUCGCCCGGGGGGAACCGCAAACGCAAGACCCGGAAACCGUCCCUGCCCCAGGAGCUGGGAAGGUGUGGAGGGGGUGGUGGUGUUGGGGCGGACUGGGAGGAGGGGCCGAUGUCGGGGACCCUGUCAGAGGCAGUGUUGAACCAGGCCAGGCUGGCAUGGGAGGCCCAGCAAGUGAUGAAACAGAGGAGCAGUUGGGAAUCAGCCCCGGGGGAAGGGGGCUCUAACCAGGGAGGAGGGUCAAAAGACGGGUACGAGAGUGAUGGGGCGGUGCCCCUGCCCCUGCCAGGCCCAGUGGUGAGGGCGUUUAGCGAGGACGAGGCGUUAGCACAGAGUGACGGGCACCGCGGGCAUUAUCACUGGAAACGCAGCACCUUCGACAGACUGGGCUUCCCUCAGGCACUGCUGGAGAAGAGCCUGUCUGUACAGACCAACCUGGCCUCGCCUGAACCCUUCCUACACCCCUCACAGUCGGAGGAUCUUGGAGCGUGUGCUCAGUUCGAGGCGAGUCGGAAUGCUCGGAACAUGAUGCCCAGUGCCAGCUGUGGAGUGUUCCCAGAAUUCACCUUGAGGAAGCCAUCCUCCGAGACCGACAUUGAGAACUGGGCCUCCAAACACUUUAACAAACACACACAGGGUCUGUUCCGGCGCAAGGUGUCCAUAGCCAACAUGCUGGCGUGGAGCAGUGAGCCAAUCAAAAAGCCCAUGAUUGUGACGUCAGACCGUGCGGUGAAGAGAGAGGCGGUGGAGAUCUUUAAACUCAUCCAGACCUACAUGGGAGACCGCCGGGCCAAGACUGACCCGCUCACUGUCGCCCUGGAGACUGGCCCCCUGAACAUCGCCCUAGAGGUGGCAGUGCGUGGUUGGAGCAGCCAGGGUCUUCGUGAUGAACUCUACAUUCAGCUGUGUCGUCAGACUACAGAGAACUUCCGCUACGAUAGUCUGGAGAGGGGCUGGGAGCUCAUGGCUGUGUGUCUGGCCUUCUUCCCGCCUACACCUCGCUUCCACUCCUACCUGGAGGGAUACAUCUACAGACACAUGGACCCCCUUAACGAUACUAAAGGAGUGGCGAUCAGCGGCUAUGCCAAAUACUGUUACCGUAAACUGCAGAAGGCUGCUCUGACCGGAGCGAAGAAGGGGUUGCAGAAGCCAUGUUUGGAGGAGAUUAAACACGCCAGGAACGCCAUCUUCAGCCCCUCCAUGUUUGGCUCUUCCCUGGAGGAAGUGAUGUCACUGCAGAAGGAGCGUUACCCCGACAGCCAGCUGCCCUGGGUCCAGACACGCCUCUCUGAGGAGGUCCUGGGUCUUAAUGGAGACCAAAUAGAGGGCAUCUUCAGGGUUCCAGGUGACAUAGAUGAGGUCAAUGCUCUCAAACUGCAAGUGGACCAAUGGAAGAUCCCCACGGACCUGGAGGACCCACACAUCCCAGCCUCUCUGUUGAAGUUGUGGUACAGGGAGUUGGAGGAGCCGUUGAUUCCUCAUGAGUUCUAUGAGGAGUGUAUCACUCACUAUGAUGACCCUGAGGCUGCAGUCAACGUAGUGAUGGGUCUUCCUCACAUCAACAAACUGGUGCUCUGCUACCUCAUACGCUUUCUACAGGUGUUUGGCCAGCCUGCCAACGUGGUGAUCACUAAGAUGGAUGUGAACAACCUGGCCAUGGUGAUGGCCCCUAACUGCCUGCGUUGCCAGUCAGACGACCCACGCAUCAUCUUUGAGAACACACGCAAAGAGAUGUCCUUCAUCCGCGUGCUCAUCCAGCGCCUCGACACUAGCUUCAUGGACAGAUUGCUAUAGCCCCCCAAACCCUGCUCCAUCACCCCAGGCCAACGACACAGGACCCCCAUUGCCCUGCUAUAUCCCCCCAAACCCUGCUCCUGUACCCCAGCCAAUGACACAGGACCCCCACCUCCCUGCUAUAGCCCCCCCAAACCCUGUUCCUAUACCCCAGCCAAUGACACAGGACCCCCACCUCCCUGCUAUAGCCCCCCAAACCCUGCCUCUGCACCCCAGGCCAACGACACAGGACCCCCAUUACCCUGCUAUAGCCCCCCAAACCCUGCUCCUAUACCCCAGCCAAUGACACAAGACCCCCACCUCCCUGCUAUAGCCCCCCCCAAACCCUGCCUCUGCACCCCAGGCCAACGACAUAGGACCCCAACCACCCUGCUAUAGCCCCCCAAAACCCAACUCCUGUACCCCAGGCCAAUGAUACAGGACCCCCACCUCCCUGCUAUAGCCCCCCCAAACCCUGCUCCUGUACCCCAGGGCAAUGACACGGGACCACCUCCUUCCCCCUCCCUGUUAUAGCCCCCCAAACCCUGCUCCUGUACCUCAGACCAACAUCAUCAGACCCCAAUCCCCUUCCCUGCUAUAGCCCCCCACUUUUAACUUCUCAACCAGAAACAACCACACAGGAUGCCCCCCAACUUCGACUGUACCCUUAAACCUCCCAAGGCCCCACCGGCCCCCCAGACCCUGCUAUAGCCCCCCAACAAUAACUGUACCCCCGACCAACUAGUUGGGACAUCCCCCAACUUCAACUACUGCCCAUUAAACCCAGCUGUAACCUCCCAACUUCAACUACUGCCCGCUAAACCCAGCUAUAACCUCCCAACUUCAACUACUGCCCGCUAAACCCAGCUAUAACCUCCCAACUUCAACUACUGCCCGCUAAACCCAGCUAUAACCUCCCAACUUCAACUACUGCCCGCUAAACCCAGCUAUAACCUCCCAACUUCAACUUCUACCCACUAAACCCAGCUGUAACUUCCCGACUUCAACUAUUGUCCGCUAAACCCAGCUGUAACCUCCCAACUUCAACUACUGCCCACUAAACCCAGCUAUAACCUCCAACUUCAACUACUGCCCACAAACCCAGCUAUAACCUCCCAACUUCAACUACUGCCCGCUACCCAGCUAUAACCUCCCAACUUCAACUACUGCCCACUAAACCCAGCUAUAACCUCCCAACUUCAACUACUGCCCACUAAACCCAGCUAUAACCUCCCAACUCCAACUACUGCCCACUAAACCCAGCUAUAACCUCCCAACUUCAACUACUGCCCACUAAACCCAGCUAUAAACUCCCAACUUCAACUACUGCCCACUAAACCCAGCUAUAACCUCCCAACUUCAACUACUGCCUGCUAAACCCAGCUAUAACCUCCCAACUUCAACUACUGCCCACUAAACCCAGCUAUAACCUCCCAACUUCAACUACUGCCCACUAAACCCAGCUAUAACCUCCCAACUUCAACUACUGCCCACUAAACCCAGAUAUAACCUCCCAACUUCAACUACUGCCCACUAAACCCAGAUAUAACCUCCAACUUCAACUACUGCCCACUAAACCCAGAUAUAACCUCCCAACUUCAACUACUGCCCACUAAACCCAGCUAUAACCUCCCAACUCCAACUACUGCCCACUAAACCCAGCUAUAACCUCCCAACUUCAACUACUGCCCGCUAAACCCCACUGUAACCUCCCAACUUCAACUACUGCCCGCUAAACCCAGCUAUAACCUCCCAACUUCAACUACUGCCCGCUAAACCCAGCUAUAACCUCCCAACUUCAACUACUGCCCACUAAACCCAGCUAUAACCUCCCAACUUCAACUACUGCCCGCUAAAUCCAGCUAUAACCUCCCAACUUCAACUACUGCCCACUAAACCCAGCUAUAACCUCCCAACUUCAACUACUGGCCCCCAAACCAGGAUGACCCCUAUCUCCCAGGCGGAGUCUCAUCCCAGUCUGAGCCUGACCCCUCUACCGCCACUCUACACACAGGGACUUGCAUCGCACAGACAUUGUACAGGGUUACACACACACUCACCUAGACAUACUCUCACAUGUACAUUUAUUGACACACACACACAUACUCUCACUUCUAUAGUACACAUCCAUAUACACAAUGACAAUGCUUAGAGUGACAAAUGGCUGACCAACACAGUACAAGAUCGAUGGGAUCAACCUAUAUCAUUAUUGAGAUAUACUCAGCCUACUAUUGUCAUAAAUACACACAAUGUCGCACGCACACACACACACACACACACACACACACACACACACACACACACACACACACACACAGCUGUUUGGCUCCCUACCCACCCAAAUGGCUAUCACUGUCCGACAUGUUUUGGUGCUGUCCACUCCCCAGUCCCCGCCUCUCUCCCAAUACAAACCAAUCACGUCUGCUUCCCCCUUCGUGAUUCCCUGUGAGUUCUCAAAUCAGUCCACCUAUCAGCUCCAAGCCUAGUGAAACAUUCACACUGCCAUGAAGUCCCGUUUAUCUGUCUGCACUGUUGUCACCAACCAACUAAUGUCGAUAAAGUUAUUUUAUUUUGGACGGCGGUGGCUGAUCCAGGACAGGUUUUAGAGGGGAUCACCGCAGCACUGCCAAUCAACUGUGUCUGUCGCAACAGGAAGGGAUGUCAGACACUGUUCCACAGGACUUCCUGUGAGACUUUCGAAAUACUGAUUUAUCCCCUGCACCUCCUACCACCCAUCCCCUUGGCCAUAGCCACUUUUGCCCCCUUCACCCCUCUGACCCCCCAGACAACCACACAACCUCACCCUCCCCUCACCUCUCCUCACUCAACCCUCUUCACCCAUCUUCAGCCCUUCUCACUCACCCCUCUUCACUCCUCUUCAGCCCUCUUCAGCUCACCUCACUCACCCCUUUUCACCCCUCUUCAGCCCUCUUCACCCCUCCUCAUCCCUCUUCACCCCUCUUCACCCCUCUUCAUUCCUUUUCACCCCUCUUCAUUCCUCUUCACUCCUUUUCAUUAAUUUUCACCCCUCUUCAUUCCUCUUCACCCCUCUUAAUUUCUCUCCACCCCUCUUCAUUCCUUUUCACCCCUCUUCAUUCCCCUUCACCCUUCUUCAUUCCCCUCCACCCCUCUUCAUUCCUCUUCACCCCUCUUCACCCAUCUUCACCUCUCUUCAUUCCACUUCACCCCUCUUCAUUCCACUUCACUCCUCUUCACCCCUCUUCUUUCCUAUUCACCCCUCUUCAUUCCCCUCCACCCUUCUUCAUUCCUCUUCACCCCUCCAUGCAUCUUCAUUCCCCUCCACCCAUCUUCAUGCCUCUUCACCCCUCUUCAUUCCACUUCACCCCUCUUCAUUCCCCUCCACCCCUCUUCAUUCCUCUUCACCCCUCUUCAUUCAUCUUCAUUCCCCUCCACCCCUCUUCAUUCCUCUUCACCCCUCUUCAUUCCUCUUCACCCCUCUUCAUUCCUCUUCACCCCUCUUCAUUCCCCUCCACCCCUCUUCAUUCCUCUUCACCCCUCUUCAUUCCUCUUCACCCCUCUUCAUUCAUCUUCAUUCCCCUCCACCCCUCUUCAUUCCGCUUCACCCCUCUUCAUUCCUCUUCACCCCUCUUCAUUCCUCUUCACCCCUCUUCAUUCCCCUCCACCCCUCUUCAUUCAUCUUCACCCCUCUUCAUUCAUCUUCACCCCUCUUCAUUCCCCUCCACCCCUCUUCACACCUCUUCAUUCAUCUUCAUUCCCCUCCACCCCUCUUCAUGCCUCUUCACCCCUCUUCAUUCCCCUCCACCCCUCUUCAUUCCUCUUCACCCGUCAUCAUUCCCCUCCACCCCUCUUCAUUCCUCUUCACCCCUCUUCUUUCCUCUUCAUUCAUCUUCACCCCUCUUCAUUCCUCUUCACCCCUCUUCAUUCCUCUUCACCCCUCUUCAUUCAUCUUCACCUACCCCCCCUACACAUCCUCAAGACUACAUACACCUCCAUUCCCUCAUACUGACAUGAUUUCUGAAUGUCUAAAUUGAGAUCCGUCCACCUCUGUCUGUUUUUCUGUCUGUAUGUAUUUUACUCUGUCUGUUGUUUACAAAUGUACAUGUCUGUCUCCAUCUACAGGUUGUCAGAGUACUGUCUGUCUUUUGGACCCGUACAAAAGUAUGUUUUCUAUUAGCAGAUGUGACUUGGUAUGGAUUAUUAUUUUUAAAGAUAUGUUUUUUGUUUUAUUAAUUGAUGAUUUGUUGUAUUUAACAGAGUUUUAAUGUUUUUUAACCCACUGUUUUAUAUAAUUUAAUUUAUUUGUAUUUAUUUCAGCAAUAUUUCCUUAAUGCCUUCUUCAUAGACAGUAUACUUUAGGGUUCAAAAUGUCUGUGUCUGUCUCCCAAAUGGCACCCUAUUCCUUUAUAAUACACUUAUUUUUGUCCAAAAUAGUGCACUAGUAUAGGGAAUAGGAUGCACAUUGUCUUUAUGUUUCUUUGAAUGAAUGUGUGUGUAUGUGCAGGCAUGUAUGUGCUUGUGUGUGUUUUCAAUAUAACAGGGCAUAUACAUCACAUGUUCAUAUGCACAUACAUGUUGAUAUGUGACCCUGAUAUGUACAGUAGGUGUCUCUGUGUGUCUGAGAGUUAAGUCCUGCUGUGGUUUUUAGUUCUGUUCAUUUGUGUUACAUUUUUUGGUGACAGGUUUAUAGGAAUGGAUGCUUGUGAACCUCCCAUCCCUUGAGACCACCAUGCUCACACACACCAUCCUUAGCCUAAUUAUUAUUAUGGCAGAAGGACUCUCAUGCUCUUGCAUUCACGGAAUCUCUCAUACACUAACAUAUUGUGUGUGUGUGUGUAUUUGAAGCCCUCAUACACUAACAUAUUCUGUGUGUGUAUUUGAAGCCCUCAUACACUAACACAUUGUGUGUGUGUGUGUGUGUGUUUGUGUGUGUGUGUGUACUUGAAGCUUUCACACAAUCACAUAUUGCGUGUGUGUGUAUUUGAAUCUCUCAUACACUCAGGUAUUGUGUGUGUGUGUACUUGAAGCUUUCACACAAUCACAUAUUGCGUGUGUGUGUAUUUGGCGCUAUCAUACACUCAAAUAUUGCGUGUGUGUAUUUGUGGUUGAAUGAUCUUUUCUUUGUUAAACUGGGUGUAUGUGACAAUAAAAAACAUCUCAAUCUAAAGAGAUAAAGUGGAUCAGUGAAGGAGAGAGAGAGAGAGUUAUGUUUCCUCUGUCACCCUACCCCACUGCAUCCUGAUACACACUCACACACACACACACACACACACACACACACACACACACACACACACACUACACAGAACAUGACCAACGUGUACAUUGGACCACUGUACAGACCAACGUGGAAAAUACAACAAGAUUGCCAUAACAACACAAGUAAAUAAAGCAUCACACGUACAGUACGUAACUAUGGAAACAGCUGUGGAAAUAAUUGUAUCAACAGGGUGUUGUUGGUUUUUGUUUGUAUUAUUAUGUUCUGGGUGUGAGCCAGACAAUGAUGGUCAAGUUUUUUGAUAGAGGUCUCUUUCUUCAUCUGUGAGUUGGCCUUCUUAGUGUUUCUCUAAAGAACAUUUAAACAACAGAAAUUUGUGCCAUCUUCAGCUCUUCCUAUGAUCAAUUAAGUGUCCCAAAUGGCACCAUAUUCCUUAUAUAUUGCACUACUUUUGACAUAAACCUGGUGGGCUCUGGUCAAAAGUAGCACAUUAUAUAGGGAGCAGGGUGCCAUUUGGGAGGUACACUAAAUGUUUCUUUACCAAGACAACUGCAACACUUCUGGCCGCUGAUACAUUUAGCUCUGGGGACUUGUUUCCCAAGCAAAGAUGCUAUAGAAAUAUAAGAUAUCAUAGACAGGAUGAUAGUGUAACUAGUCAUGUGUGUGUGUGCGUGCGUGCGUGUGUGCGUGUGUGCGUGUGUGUGUGUGUGUGUGUGUGUGUGUGUGUGUGUGUGUGUGUGUGUGUGUGUGUGUGUGUGUGUGUGUGAACAGUAGAUAGAAUAGAAUGCAGUGAUGUCAUGCAUUGACCCAGCAAAUUGAUCGAAUCAGCAUGCAGAACUUUGGGUCACUACUCUUUUAAAAACAUAAAGUUACUAAAAAAACAAAACAUGAGAAAAUCUACAUCAAAUACUUACAGAAAGGAUUUACAAUAUUUAGCUUUAAAAAAAUCCACUUAUAAGAGAUAUGAUUUGAAAUCUCUUAAAUAUCUUUGUUUUUAAUGAUUACUGUUGGUUCUCAUUUUUAUUUGUUGCUACACAUGUUCUUCUUAUAGUCAGUGUCCAUACUGUUAUAAUUAUUAAUGUCAUUAAAAUGACUGAUAUUGAACAUAAGUAAGGUGGGAGUCAGCUGCUAUGUACUCUGUACUCCUCACCUCCUCUUCUUCCUCUUCCACCUCCCUGCUCCUCAACGUUUUAUUUUCUAUUUUAACGUCAGCUGUAUGUCAAUCACUCUGUUGGAGAGAAGACUUGGGAAUUAAAAUGGACAUUGUUUAAUAAACUAUUCAAAUGUGAAAUA